GGAAUUUGUGUUGUAGCUAAUAGUAUUUUUAUUUUCUUUCACGUAAGAAAAAUUUUCUUGGUUGGGAUAUGGACUCGUCUGAGAAAGAGGGAAGUGGGGCAACGGGCUCUCUUCCCCCUCCCCCGCCUCUGCCCCCCAAUGUGGUACCAAUCAAAGCAGAAUCUGAGCCUGCAAAGGAGGUUUCACGUGUCCCAAUGGCCGGGAAAGCUUCGCAGUUGGGGACUUUCCUGAAGUUUGAUGAGGCUCCUGAGACAUCCUCAAGCCGUAGUGGGGCGACUGCUCCUGAGACAUCCUCAAGCCGUGGUGGGGUGACUGCUCCUGGAGCCACACCUGUUCGGCAGCUGCCGUGGUUGAACAGGACUGUCGCCGAUUCUAUGUUCUUCUGCUGAGACCUUCGGACCAUGCUUUCUAUAGGCUUUUGGUUUUACCACCAACUGAUCUGAAACUCUUUUUAAGUAUAUUUAAACUUUAGAGGUAGGGCUAUCCCAGACUUGUUCUGAUGAUGAUGUGCUGUUCUCUGAAUCAUCAUCCGCCAUGUUUUCUAUAGGCUUUUGGUUUUACCACCAACUGAUCUGAAACUCUUUUUAAGUAUAUUUAAACUUUAGAGGUAGGGCUAUCCCAGACUUGUUCUGAUGAUGAUGUGCUGUUCUCUGAAUCAUCAUCCAUUUUGGUUAUAAACUUUUUGGAUGGUUGGCCCCCCACCGUAUCUAAAGAUAUGAAUGCUUGACUAGGUAAUUCACAGUGGCUUUUUCCUGUUUGGUUUAGAGAAGUGGUUAUACUACUGCCCUUUACUCUGUUCUCUUAUUUACCGUUAGGCUUGGGUAUCAGUUAACCAGUUAGAUGUGGCUUCCGAGUAACUACUUUUGUUGGUUUCUGAUGCUUAGAAAACUAUACCAUUUCGUUAUUACUUCCCUAUUAUAUAACGUAAUGCUUUUCCAAGUCGCUGGUAAAUCAAAAUUGGAAUUGGCCCAAUUAACCGAAUUAGAAGCCUUUGCGCAAUUUGCUUCUGAUCUCGAUAAAGCUACUCAGAAUCGAUUGGCAAGAGGUCAACGAUUACGUGAGUUGCGAGAAUGAGUUAUAUUUCUAGCUUAUUUAACUUUUCAGGAAAGAGUUUGUUCGUUUUGGGUAUAUAUACUACUGCCCUUUACUCUGUUCUCUUGUUUACUGUUAGGGUUGGUUAUCAGUUACUUAACCAGUUAGAUGUGGCUUCUGAGUAACUACUUUUGUUGGUUUCUGAUGCUUAGAAAACUAUACCAUUUCGUUAUUACUUCUCUAUUAUAUAAUGUAAUGCUUUUCUGUGGCAAGAAUGAGUUAUAUUUCUAGCUUAUUUAACUUUUCAGGAAAGAGUUUGUUGGUUUUGGUAGGAAAAAAAAUAGCAUACAAAAAUUUAUCGACAAUACUCCCUCUUAAAAACGAAUCUCUACUGUUUCACGUAGCAAAGAAAAAAGAAACACCAAUAUUUCAAAGGAGUCUCCAUUUCAAAACGAUGGCAACCGUAACAAGCAGGAUCAACUUUCCAGAAUUGUUUGUUGCUCAUUUAGGAACAUAGAUUAUUUAAAUUUAUGAUGUUAAACUUGUUUAAAUUUUAGAACUAGGCUGCCUUUCAUGGUUUGUCAAAAAAAUGGUGAUUUUAGAUAUUUUUAGUAUUUUCAAUGCUUAGAGAGAGUAUACUUUUAAAUUUGUUCAGUUUUUACUUAUUUAAGUGU